AUGUCAGGUCCUUCGUAUACGAUUCAACUGAGGGUGCCUUUAACACCCGAUCCUUUACCAGCCCCAAACCCCGACGAUACAUAUGAUUGGGCGAAGGUACAAACCCUACGCAAAGGGGUCAAACUCUUGACCGUGACUGCUGGGCAACCACUCCCGCCAAUCACUCAAGACAUCACAACCGGUGACGAUCCCACUAACACUGGACUGGCCAAUUUCAAACUGGACGCUUCACCAAAAUGGUUCACGGCUGUGGGCACCGAAGUCAACGCAGCGGGCCAAUUGAUUGUUAAAUAUGGGACAGCCGUAGGCAAGGCAACACCUACUGGUCGCGUCGCUAGAUUGGGCAGUAGUCUCAACGGAAACAUGCCAGGAGGGACCAAGUGGACAGAGUACUACUAUCAGAUCUCCGCUCCGACAGCUCUCAAAGUCAUGACCAUGGGCCUCUCAUCCUUCGCCACCCUCUUGCUCCUUUCCCUACGUGCCUUCUCCACCUUGGCGCAAGAUGCGGACGAAGAGCCAGAGAUCCCUACUACCUCGCCCUCCUUAAACGUCAAAGUCUCAACCUCCUUCCCUCAAUCCGAGAUCUUCGGCAUAAAGCUGGUCAACGGCCAGUCCACCCAAGCGCUCCUCUCCAUCACCAACGAAGAGCCCACCCCCAUCUCCGUAGUUUUUAUUGGAGGCGCUCUCUGGACAGAAGCCUUCAGCGCAUAUGGCUCGCAGAAUCUCCGCAACUUGACAACGACACGAUAUAACGUGGAAAUCCCAGCGGGUCAGAGUGGGAAUGUGGCGUAUAGCUUCACGACUGAGCUGCACCCCCAGAAUUUGCAGCUGCAUUUGGCGGCUGUGGUGACGGAUGUGAAGGGCACGACUUACACGUUGCAAGCCUUCAACGAGACCGUGGGCGUUGUGGAGCCGGAUACGAGUAUUUUUGAUCCGCAGAUAAUAUUCCUCUAUCUCUUCCUCGGGACCCUGUUUGGCGGGACUUGCUAUUUCAUCUACAGCACCUGGAUCACGACCCUUUUCCCACAAAAACGUGGGGGCGGGAAAGGUGGCGAGCGCGCUAGAAGGUCGACUCAAGGCAAGAAAGCCGUGGAUCCUGCGGAUCAGAUUGGUGUUGUGGGCGCAGAUGGACCGGCUGUCACGAGCGGUGCGAAGGCCUGGGAUGAGAGUUGGAUUCCGGCUGGGCAUAUCAAUGCUGGGAGUCAGAGGAAAGGAAAGGGAACGCCGAGGGGAAAGGGGAAGAGGAGAGAUGAAUGA